AGUUCUCGCUACCGACGACGGAGGCCAUAUACAAGUAGCCUAAGCUUUAAGAGGUCACAGGUUUAAAAGGAUGGUUCAUAAACAUUUUUUAAAAUAAGACUGACAGACUGUUCACAGCUUAUCUCCGCAGAAAUUAAACAAUGUUAAGUAUGAUACAUUUUAUGUAUACAGCAAUCAAUAAAAGCAGAAGCUAUAGCCUAUAAUAACACAAUGUAUUAAAGACUACUCGUUUAUUCCCUUUACCCAAAAUUAAAGAAAACAAAAGAAGAGUAGUCUAAUCCUAUUUGCACUUUUUGAGGGUUAACUGGUGAAAAGAACAGUAGGCCUAUGUUAAAGUUGAAUGAGUUUGCCACUCUCUCCACCCUCCCUGCAUGGGACAGAAGCCGACUCUGGAGAGGGAUGUUUCCUUCCUCAGCCGGUUGUCCUACUGGUGGAUUAUCAGAGUCGUGUCAGCGGGCCAUAGGAGGGGGCUACAGCUGUCGGACCUGUGUUGCCUUGGUGAUGAGGACUCAGCCCAGAGUUUAUGCUCAGCCCUCCAGCAGCAGCAGCACUGGAGGACAGAGGGACAGAGUCAUAGCCAGGAGUCAGGAGAGGAGGAGUCACUGGGUGGAAACACCUCCCACCCAGGUGUUCACCUGUCUGGCCCCGCCCUGCUGUGUCAUCUGUAUGGGUGGCUCCGCCCCUCACUGCUCCAGGUGACCCUGCUGAGGAUGACCUCUGACCUACUGGCCCUCUUGCCCCCUCAGGCCCUCAGGUGUGGCAUUCUCUACUGUGAGAACCAGCCUGUUUUUGAUUGGUCUGGACUUACCCAUGCCCUGGCACUAUUGGCUACUGUAGUGUGCCACGCCCUGGUCCAGCAGGUGUGUGAGCGUCACAGCAGGAUGACUGAGGUCAGAGUUCAGACAGCGCUGACUGGAGCCUUGUAUAAACAGGUCCUGUCCCGGUGCAGUAUUCCUGGGUGUCUACCCUCCCCUGCCCCAUCGUUAACCCCACUCCGGGCUGACGUUGGACGGUUAGCAGAGCUCCCAGUCUCCCUGUCUGCCCUGUGGUCUUCCUGGGUGCAGGGGACAGUGUGUGUGUGUAUGCUGUGGAGAGAGCUGGGUCCCUCUUCUCUGGCGGGACUAGCUGUAUUGUUACUGCUGGUACUGCUCACCUCUGCUGUACAACGCAGGGCAAGGCUAUUACAGAGAAGCCAGGAGAGAGUGAGGGGAGAAAGACAGCAGCUCGUGCAGGAGAUGCUGAACGGAAUCAAAACGGUGAAGUUGUUGGUCUUGGAGGCGUGGUUCCAGUGCAGAGUGGGCAUUGCCAGAGAGAAGGAGCUGGAGACGCUGAGGAUUCUGGGAUUCCUGACGGCCUUCUCCCUAUUGGACCGCGUCUGUGUGCCUUUCCUGGUGUGUGUGUCCAGUUUGGGUGUGUAUGUGCUGGUGGACGAUGGCAACGUUCUGACAGCGUCUCAGGUGUUCACCUGUGUUUGUCUGUUCACACUGCUACGCUCACCUUUUAACCUACUGCCCUCCCUGGCACUGCACCUCACACAGACCUGGCACUCCCUCUGUCAUCUGGACCACUUCCUCUUCUCACAGGAAGUCUCUCACACAGAGAAUGGCACUCUUUUAAAAAAUGGGGUCAAGAAAAGCUGUCUCGAGGAGCACUCAGAUCGGUGGAGUAAUGAGACCUUGAGAGAGACAGAAGCAAACACUGUACCUCUGCCCAAACAUGGUGUGAGCGGUGUGUGUAUUCGGCUGUACCUGCAUGUGUGUGGCUGGGGCUGGGUGUUGUUGACUGUAUUAUCCCAGGUGUGUGUUUGUGUGGUGGGUGUGUGUCAGACCGGUCUGUUAGCCGUGUGGACCAGACAGGCUAAAGAACUACAGGGGCUGGAGGAGUGGAGAGAACUACGAGACUCACGACUAUCUGUCUACGCUGUACUGGGGCUGCUGCAAGCUCUGUCCGUGUGCUGUGUAGCAUUAGCAGUAACUGGUGGUUCUCUGAAGGCCUCUGCCAGUCUCCACUCUGAGCUGCUCUUUGCUCGGCUCCGCCUUCCUCUCAGAUUCUACCAGAUCACACCCUCUUCUCUGGUCCUGCGCAGCCUAUCACAGGAGAUGUACGUGAUUGACGAGCUAGUCCCCGCCAACCUCCUCUCCUGGCUCUCCUGUUGGCUGCAGGUGUUUGUGACAGUGCUGCUGAUUGGCUACAUCUCCCCUCUCUUCAUCCUGAUAGUUCCUGUCCUGACUUACCUCUUCCUCACAAUACAGUCAUACUACAGGUCAGUCUCGGGUCAGGUGAGGAGGAUGGUUUCAGACUCUGCCUCCUCUCUCUCAUCCCUCCUUUCUGAGUCACACAGGGAUGAGGUCACCAGUGGUAGUCAUGACGACCCCUUGACCCGUUGCUAUGGUGCCCUCAACGAGCACCUGGUGUGUCGCUACAACUGCAUUUUAUUGGACAGGUGGGUAUCAGUGUGGUUGGAUGCCUUUGCAGGACUGGUUCUGUUCCUGGUCUCUGUGACUCUACUGGAUUCUGAGGUAGACCCCAGUACUGUAGGACUGGUCCUGACCUAUACCCUCAGCCUGAGAGAGGUUCUUCAUCUCCUGGUACAAGCCAGCUGUGGCGUAGAGAGCAGUGCUGGUGCCAUCCAGAAGAUGGACCAACACGCACACAUGGAGAGAGAGCCCCCCUGGUCUGUGCCCUGUAGAGCACCCCCUAGCUGGCCAGAGGAGGGAGUGGUGGAGUUCAGGAGCUAUCAGACAGAGCUUAACCCAUCACCCGCUGAACUGUCUUUCUGCACCCGGACCAGAGAGAAGGUUGGUGUGGUGAGCAGAUCAGGAGCAGAGCUGGACGCCAUAACCAGUUCUCUGUUCCGAUUGGUGGAGGGCCGAAGGGGCGUGUUGAUGAUUGACGGUGUGGACAUCUCUAGUGUGGGACUCCACGACCUUCGCAGCCGGUUGGCGGUCAUAGCUCGGGUUCCAACCCUGUUCUCCUGUUCACUGCGCUCUAACCUGGACCCCUGGGGUUGCCAUGGGGAUGCCCAGGUGUGGCAGGCACUGGAGAGGUGCCACCUGAAGGAAAGGGUCAGCUUGCUGCCAGGACAGCUCCUCUACCCACUACACCACGGAGGGGCCGGGCUCAGCUCCAGUGAGAGGAGGCUGCUGUGUGUGUGUCGUGCCCUGUUGAAGGGCUGUGUUGUCCUGGUAGUGGAGGACCCUGUUCCUCCUGUAGACAUCCACACUGAGAGGCUGCUCCAGAGCAUCAUACACACACACUUCUCCCACUGCACCGGGCUGUAUCUAACACAGAACCCUGGGAACGUCACACACACUGACAGGGUGUUGGUGUUAGAUGGGGGACGUGUAGCUGAGUUUGACUGCGCCUCUGCUCUCCUCCAGAGGGGGGCACUGUUCUCCCAGCUGCUCUCUGAGACACAUAGACACCAAGACACAGAAGAAGAGUGAAGAGUGAGGUUGGAGGUUGGUAUUAGGAACAGAACUAGGAUCAUUUUACCCAUGAUCAUAAUGAUGCUGGACUAGCUGUUUGAGUUUGCUCAGUUGUUUGAAGCAUGGGGUUUCAACACCAGAGUAAUAACACCAGAGUAAUAACACCAGAGUAAUAACACCAGAGUAAUAACACCAGAGUUGUGUGUUUCAACACCAGAGUAAUAACACCAGAGUUGUGGUCACUUUGGAUAAAAGCAUCUGCUAAAUUACCAUAUUAUAUUACCAUGUGUUAAGUGCCCCUCGUAAGAGGAUCCUAAAGGGCUAUACAUUGUGAUGAGGUUACUUACCUCAUCCUCAACCAGCAGCGUCCAUCUUGGCUCAAUGGGGCUAUCUGGUUGCCGUGAAUGUGAUGCUUUUGCAAUAUGGUCAAUGUGAAACUGAGUUAUAGAGGAACCGCAUGGACUGUGGCCAAGGCUUUAAGUGUACUCAGACCAUGUUAUGAUACAGGAUCAAUACUAAAAGUACAACAAAUACAGCGCAGUAAGCACAGCACUCAAUACAUACAGCAAGUUUAUCUGAAUGACUGACACCAGCACAACAAACUACUGCCUGGACUACAGACUCUCUCUGUGUCUCUCUCCCAACUGCCCUUCUCUUCAUUUGUUUGAUCUCAGGCAUAAAUCUGUUCUGAUUGAAGAGGGCUUUUAUUGACCAGGAUUAUCCAUCCAGCUCUGUAUCUACUGGUACGGGUACAUUCAGGCUUGGCCAGUACUGUUUAUACAAAAUCUGUACAAUGUAUACAAAAUGUAUUGUGUCCUUUUGAUCUCAUUCUGACGAUGCAUGAUCAAUUGUAACUGAUCAUCGCAAUAUGUAGGAUGCAGUGUGUGUGUGUGUGUUUCUAAUGAACAUCAAAUGUUUAAGGUUCUAUUUUCUUGAUUCUACCCUGAGCUUUAAAAUGCAGUGAUUACUCAUAUCUAUAAUUACCAGAACCUCCGUGUGUGUGUGCUCUUGUUGAAGCACAGGACUGAUAAGUUUAAUUGGCAGGCUAAUCACUUUAACAAAGUACGACUAAUAACAGACUAGGGGUAACCCACACACACUCUUCAGUGUGUGCGUGUGUGUCAUGUCUCAUCAUCGAAAAUGCACAAUUAAACACUGACAUCCAUGAAUCACAUAAAGCCUUUUAU